AUGUGUCAUCUUCACCACCACGAGGACACAGCUUUGAUCUCCUCUACUCCGGAGACCUCCACCAGCACCCUGCCUCCUGGCUUCACCAUGGUAUCAACCCCGCACUCGGAGCACAUGUCGAUGCACACCACCUUCUACUUUGGCUACAAGAACGUGGAGCUGCUGUUUCCGGGCUUGGUGAUCCAAUACAGAGUUGGUAUGCUGCUCGCUUCCCUGGUGAUGUUCUGCCUGGCUCUCUGCUAUGAAGGUCUCAAGGUGGCUCGGGAGAAACUCACAGACAGGGCCAAGAUCUCUCCAUGGCCCCAUGUGCUGCGAUGGCUCCACAUUGCUCAGACAGCUCUGCAUAUGCUUCAGGUGAUGCUGAGCUAUGUGCUCAUGCUUACUUUUAUGACCUACAAUGCCUACCUCGCUAUGGCCGUGUUGGCAGGGGCCGGUACAGGAUACUUGGUCUUCCACUGGAAGAAUGCCAGGCUCCUGGACUCAGCUUCAGCAGAUCCUUGCCAUUAG